CCGCCCCUCGUCUUUCUGCAUGGGCUCUUCGGCUGCAAAACCAACUUCAACUCCAUCGCCAAGGCCCUGGCCCAGCAGACAGGCCGGAGGCCUGCAGAUCUGCCAGGCUUUUGGCUGUGCCCUGAAUGUGGAUGCCGGAGCUGCCCGCCUCACCCACUCCCCAGGUGCUGACAGUGGAUGCCCGGAACCAUGGUGACAGCCCCCACAGCCCAGACAUGAGCUACGAGGCCAUGAGCCAGGAUCUGCAGGACCUCCUGCCCCAGCUGGGCCUAGUGCCCUGCGUCCUCAUUGGCCACAGCAUGGGAGGCAGGACAGCCAUGCUGCUGGCACUUCAGAGGCCAGAGCUGGUGGAGCGCUUGAUUGCCGUGGACAUCAGCCCAGUGGAGAGCCCGUCCAGCUUGAACUUUCCAAACUACGUGGCAGCCAUGAGGGCCAUAGACAUCCCGGAUGAGGCGUCCCUCUCUAGUGCCCGAAAACUGGUGGAUGAGAAGCUCAGCUGUGUUAUCCAGAGCAUAAGUAUGCGGCAGUUCCUGCUCACCAACCUGGUGGAGGCGGACGGGCGCUUUGUGUGGAGGGUGAACUUGGAUGCCUUGGCCCAGCACUUGGACAAGAUCUUGAACUUCCCACCACGACGAGAAACCUACUCUGGGCCAUCCCUCUUCCUCCUGGGUGGAAACUCUCAAUUCGUGCUUCCCAGCCACCACCCUGAGAUUAGACGGCUCUUCCCUCGGGCCCAGAUGCAGACCGUGCCUAACGCUAGCCACUGGGUCCACAGCGACUGCCCGCAGGACUUCAUGGCUGCAGUCCGAGACUUCCUGGCCUAAGAAAGGCCAGAAGGGGACACAAAACCCCAGGCUUCAAGGCCCUGUGGGCUGCUCCUUGUUUCUGCACAGAAGGACUCAGGUGGGCACUGAGAGGGCACAAGGAUGCGUCGGGGGUGUGUCAGACCUUAAACUUUAAUGAAUAAAGUUACUCCUCCCAA